GUUCGCUUCCUUGUUGGGGGAAAAUUCACUCACAAGAUUCACCUCCAAGCAGGAAUCGGAGCUCGUUUCCGUUAAUUUUCCCAAAUUGGGGAGUAGGGUUUAGGCAAUUUGUGAGUUCAUUUACUUCUUGGCGCUGUAAGUAACUUGGGAAUAAUGGCGACAAGAAGGCCAGUAAAUCCUGCCCGAAGAGUAUCGGAAAGUGACGAAGCUCCGCACUCACCUGCCGUUCAUUCGAGAUCCCAUCCGACGUCGCAGCUAACCAUUGCAUUGAUUUUUCUGGGGUCGAUGCUCCUCGUUGCUUACCUUUAUCAGGGACGAGGUACGACUGGAAAUCUUAAAGCUGGGGUUCAUGUGGAAGGGGAUUUUUCAUGUACUGCAGAAGUCGAACGCGUAGUUCCUCUUCUGAAAAAAGCAUACGGUGAUAGCAUGCGAAAAGUAUUACAUGUCGGUCCAGACACCUGUUCCAUUAUUUCCAAAUUGAUAAAAGAGGAUGACACUGAAGCUUGGGGCGUCGAACCAUAUGAUAUAGAGGAUGCCAAUCGUAGAUGCAAGAGAUUGGUGCACAGGGGCCUUGUUCGUGUAGCUAACAUUAAAUUUCCACUCCCCUACCGUUCAAAAUCGUUCUCUCUUGUGAUAAUAUCCGAUGCUUUGGAUUACUUGUCACCAAAGUAUCUUAACCGGACCCUUCCUGAGUUGGCAAGGUUAUCGUCUGAUGGUCUUAUCAUCUUCUCCGGAUACCCACGCCACCAUAAAGCUAAAUCUGGCGAUAAAGCCAAAUAUGGAAGCUCAGCGAAAUUAAGGAGCACAGCAUGGUGGGUUAGAUUUUUUCUUCAGAAAAGCUUAGAGGAAAAUGAAGCUGUUGUAAAGAAAUUCGAACGGGCUUCGGAGAAGGCUUCGUACAAUUCAAACUGCCAAAUAUUUCACCUGAAGUCUUACAAUUGAUGUCCAAACAAACCAUCAAGAAAUCAAACUCUUCAACACAUCUUGGAUCAAAGACUGAAAUCAGCUUCAUACAUCAAGUAUAUGGUAUACAUAGCCGAAAUCCUUAAUAAAAUCGUUGAGAAAGAUUCUUGAAAUCCGGAGUAUUCUUUUAUUAAAAAAUGUGUGGGAAAGUUGCAUAAAAAAGUAGAGCUCCUCUGUAUUCUUUUACCAAACUGAUUAAACUCCUUGACAGCAUACUUAGCAGAAAAUAUCUACAGGAAGCAUCGAGUAAAGACGCUGUCAAUGGGGUUUCUCUCCGACCAUCAUUAUAAAGUUAAAUUUUCCCAAACCCCGUGUCUGGUAUACCUCCUCGUACAAUGAAAGUUAAAUUUUCAUUCCUACAUGCUCGUUAUAUGCUGGAUAAUUCAUUGCAAGUUUAUAACCACAUUGAAUCGGAAACAGUACCAAUUAGGCACCGGCCAUUGCUUAUAAAGAAUCUGUUCUUUA